GACUCAACGAUGUCAAUAGAUGACCUUCGUGGAAUGUUACCAUCGACGUUUACAGUUGAAGGUUCAGCAGGAUUGCUUACAAGAUUGUCAAUUGGUGGUAUUUGGUCUCGUGAGAACAUUGUUAUAAAAUCCAGUAUAAGUGAAUUUGCUGAAGAAUCUAUAUUAUGUCUUUCAAACUAUAUGUAUUCGCCGCCGAAGCAUUAUAGUAUAACAAACUUUGUCAGUAAGUUUAAUAUAAGACUUGUCGAACCUUCUUCAAUGAAAGAUGUUGUGCUACCUAAAGAUGGAAAGGAUGGACUCAUUAUUGAAAUGAUUUUAAUAGCAUAUUAA